UGGAAGGUGAGGCCUAUUGUCGAGGCUGCGGCCGCGGCCUCGUGUGCUGGAGUAUGCCUGAAGAUCAGAAGAUGAGAGUGAGGAGGACACCGCCCCUGCCUCGUGGGGAGCCUGAAGAGAUUCCAUUCCCUGAACCCAAAGCUCACUGCAAAGCAUCUGAGUGGGCAGAGAGAUCCGAGGAGCUCAACCCCGAGGGUGAAACAGAGACCGAUAGCGAGGAGGAGGACGAGAAAGAUGAGACGAUGGGUAUCGAGUCUGAGGACUCUGACUCUUCAGAGGAGGAGGAGGACCUGAUGGAAGAUUCUAUUAAGACAGAGUUUUCCACGCUGUCGUUCACAGAGCUCCAGCAGCUGCAGAAUCGGGUGGGAAUGAAGGCGUUCAACCAGAUGCUGUACAGAGCACCGUCAGCCACCCAGCGCACAUCAUCGCCGGGGAAGGCAGCCACCCAGAGCACAUCAGCGCCGGGGAAGGCAGCCACCCAGAGCACAUCAGGACUGGGGAAGGCAGCCACCCAGAGCACAUCAGCGCCGGGGAAGGCAGCCACCCAGAGCACAUCAGCGCCGGGGAAGGCAGUCACCCAGAGCACAUCAGCGCCGGGGAAGGCAGCCACCCAGAGCACAUCAGCGCCGGGGAAGGCAGCCACCCAGAGCACAUCAGGACUGGGGAAGGCAGCCACCCAGAGCACAUCAGCGCCGGGGAAGGCAGCCACCCAGAGCACAUCAGCGCCGGGGAAGGCAGCCACCCAGAGCAUGUCAGCACCGGGGAAGGCAGCCACCCAGAGCAUGUCAGCACCGGGGAAGGCAGCCACCCAGAGCACAUCAGCGCCGGGGAAGGCAGCCACCCAGAGCACAUCAGCGCCGGGGAAGGCAGCUACCCAGAGCACAUCAGGACUGGGGAAGGCAGCCACCCAGAGCACAGCAGGACUGGGGAAGGCAGCUCCGAAACGCACCAACAAGAAUAGCUGGAGUAUGCCUGAAGAUCAGAAGAUGAGAGUGAGGAGGACACCGCCCCUGCCUCGUGGGGAGCCUGAAGAGAUUCCAUUCCCUGAACCCAAAGCUCACUGCAAAGCAUCUGAGUGGGCAGAGAGAUCCGAGGAGCUCAACCCCGAGGGUGAAAUAGAGACCGAUAGCGAGGAGGAGGACGAGGAAGAUGAGACGAUGGGUAUCGGGUCUGAGGACUCUGACUCUUCAGAGGAUGAGGAGGACCUGAUGAAAGAUUCUAUUAAGACAGAGUUUUCCACGCUGUCGUUCACAGAGCUCCAGCAGCUGCAGAAUCGGGUGGGAAUGAAGGCGUUCAACCAGAUGCUGUACAGAGCACCGUCAGCCACCCAGCGCACAUCAGCGCCGGGGAAGGCAGCCACCCAGAGCACAUCAGCGCCGGGGAAGGCAGCCACCCAGAGCACAUCAGGACUGGGGAAGGCAGCCACCCAGAGCACAUCAGCGCCGGGGAAGGCAGCCACCCAGAGCAUGUCAGCACCGGGGAAGGCAGCCACCCAGAGCACAUCAGGACUGGGGAAGGCAGCCACCCAGAGCACAUCAGCGCCGGGGAAGGCAGCCACCCAGAGCACAUCAGCGCCGGGGAAGGCAGUCACCCAGAGCACAUCAGCGCCGGGGAAGGCAGCCACCCAGAGCACAUCAGCGCCGGGGAAGGCAGCUACCCAGAGCACAUCAGCGCCGGGGAAGGCAGCCACCCAGAGCAUGUCAGCACCGGGGAAGGCAGCUACCCAGAGCACAUCAGGUCUGGGGAAGGCAGCCACCCAGAGCACAUCAGCGCCGGGGAAGGCAGCCACCCAGAGCACAUCAGCGCCGGGGAAGGCAGCCACCCAGAGCACAUCAGGACUGGGGAAGGCAGCUCCGAAUCGCACCAACAAGAAUAGCUGGAGUAUGCCUGAAGAUCAGAAGAUGAGAGUGAGGAGGACACCGCCCCUGCCUCGUGGGGAGCCUGAAGAGAUUCCAUUCCCUGAACCCAAAGCUCACUGCAAAGCAUCUGAGUGGGCAGAGAGAUCCGAGGAGCUCAACCCCGAGGGUGAAAUAGAGACCGAUAGCGAGGAGGAGGACGAGGAAGAUGAGACGAUGGGUAUCGGGUCUGAGGACUCUGACUCUUCAGAGGAUGAGGAGGACCUGAUGAAAGAUUCUAUUAAGACAGAGCUUUCCACACUGUCGUUCACAGAGCUCCAGCAGCUGCAGAAUCGGGUGGGAAUGAAGGCGUUCAACCAGAUGCUGUACAGAGCACCGUCAGCCACCCAGAGCACAUCAGCGCCGGGGAAGGCAGCCACCCAGAGCACAUCAGCGCCGGGGAAGGCAGCCACCCAGAGCAUGUCAGCACCGGGGAAGGCAGCCACCCAGAGCACAUCAGGACUGGGGAAGGCAGCUCCGAAACGCACCAACAAGAAUAGGCCUCUGGAGAUGUCUGCCAAGCAGCGAGUGCCCUUCCUCAGGAAAGUGGUUCCUGUCAAGAAGCAGAGAGCCAGAGAUCCUCGAUUCGAUGACCUGUCUGGAGAAUACAAGCCUUCGAUCUUUGAAAAGACCUAUGCUUUCCUGGACGAUAUGAAGAAGGAGGAGAAGGAGAUGGUGAAGAAGCAAUUGAAUAAAGUGCAGGAUCCAAACAGGAAGCAGGAGCUGGAGCAACUUUUACAGAGAAUGAACAACCAGGAGGAUGCCCAGAGCAGCAGACGGCGAGAGCGGGAGCGACACCUGCAGUUUAAGAGACAGCAACGUGAGCGGGUCCGGCAGGGCAGCAAACCCUUCCACCUGACCAAAUCCGCCCAGCGGGAGAUGGAGUUGGCAGAGAAAUACCGGGAGCUGAAGCGGAGCGGCAAGCUGGAGUCCUUCCUCGGGAAGAAGCGCAAGAGGAACGCCGUCAAGGACCGUCGCAGAAUGCCCACGAAGCAACCCGCGUAACAGCAACCAGCAGGCACUGGCAGUACACGAGCCGUGAUGU